AGGCGAAUGCGUGGCUUUCGGAGCUGAUCGUGGGGUAGGAACGAUGACCGAGCGAGGAUGUGCACCAGCGGCCAGAUCAUCGGAAGCCUCCUGGUGCUCUCCGUGCUGGAGAUAGGGCUGGGGGUGUCCAGCGUGGCCGUGGGGGCUGUCAGCUUCAGCCUGGUCUUUGCAGACGCGGAGCAGACGACUCAGCUGGGAGACUCUUCUCCGGUAUGGAGCGGGGUGUGUUUUCUGCUGUGUGGAGUAUGUGGAAUACUGUGUGCCAAAAAAAAAUCAGGACUUAUCAUGAUACUUUUCUCAGCCUGCUGUAUCUGUGGACUAAUUGGAGGAAUAUUAAAUUUUCAGUUCCUUCGAGCUCUGACCAAGAAGUCCUCAUCUCUCUAUCCAUUGCAUCUUACCUCCAUGUCUCUUGCAUGCCUUGGAAUUGGGGGCUGCACUCUUUCUUCCUGGCUCACUUGUCGGCUAGCUAGCUAUGAGCAAAGAAGGAUGUUUUCAGAAAGGGAGCAUUCACUGCAUCACUCCCACGAAAUGGCAGAGAAAAGAUUGAGGGGUAUUGAGAUAACUGAUCUGCCCAGCUGCCCAGUGGUUCCCCCGACACCAGAGUUACCUUCAAGACAGGUGUCUACAUCACCACACCCCCACUUCAACCGACAUUAUCUGGCACCCUAUUUGGAAAUCCCAGCAGAGACCAAGGAAAUGACAGACAAUAUGUGUAAUGGAGGACCACAUCUAAUUUAUAAUGGAAGAGCAUACUGAAAGAUUUACAAUGUCCAAGUAACAACUAUUUUCAGGAUUUUCUUUCGGGGAAAACAAUACAGAUACUAACAACUUUGGGAGAAGGCGCUAAAAACAUUAUGGCUUUUAUUUGCAAUAAUGUCACAGCUCAAACAGCACAGAUGCAUCUCCUUUCAGAGGUUGCUUUGAUUUUCUCUCCCAUUAUUUGAAGAUAUUUUACUGCAUAUUUUGAAGAUACUCAGUAAUUAUCACAUCCUUAAUAUUUUCUUCUUCUUUGACUGAACAAGUUGUCAUGGAUGUGAUCAUAUUUCAAACUGACUUUUCAGGCUCUACUCAGACUGUCCUUAUAAAGAUUUUUUUGAAAUUAAGAAUAACAAUACAAUAACCCACAGACAUGAAAAUGGAAAGGGUUUAAACAAUGGAUUGCACAAUGGCAGAAAUGGAAAUUAGACUUGAAAGGCUUUCCUUUCCUAUGCAGAGUCUGAUGAAUGAAUUAUGAGCAUGCCGCUACAAUACACUGAUGUCUUUGUUUUGAAAGACAGAAUGCUUUAAGGAUGCCGUAAGUCAAAACCUGAACAAUGCCUUGCUGUAAAGAAACUGUAAAUAUUUCCAAUUUGUGAAGUAUAUUUCAUAAUUUGUUCAUAAAAGAUGUCAAAUAAA